GGCGAUCUAUUUUUAAGUUCGACGAGGAUUUCCGGAAGUGGAUACCGGUAACCUAAGCAUGGAAAAGGGAAUUCCCAAAAUAUUGAUAACCGAAAUCAUGGUGAUGAAAGCAGACUGAAAGUGUAUACCAAGAUCAAAUGUCAGACUUUCUUCUAGAGAACAAUUGUCUAUAAUAGAUAAUUUAAACUUGCCAGCAUGAAGUUGAAGGACCUGCAUCUGACUAGCUACAUGGGCUAUCUGCCAAACAUCAUUUUGGUGGCAGCGCUAGCUCUAGGACUGUAUACACAAUGGCAGUAUAGCCAGAAUACUGUUAUACUAGUCGUCGCGAUACUUGGUCUAUUUGUAUUUGGAUUGUCCUGUGCCUGUCAAUACUACUUCAAUUUUGAGUCACUUGGACGUACCAUCCUACAUAUAUGGCUAGGCUGUAUAUUAGGUGUGAUAGUCUUCUCAAGAGAACAGAAGGAAAUUGAGUACAUUAUGACACAAGAAGUCAUGAAUAUUCUGUUUAUGACCAGUCUCAUCGUGUCCUGUUUCUGGGCAAUCACCCAACGAGUCAUGAGGUUAAUCAAACAUGAGGCAAAGCUUUGUGAAUCUAUGGAACUAUUGGAGUGUCUGGGCUUAUCAAUAGCAACACUCAUUACAGGACAACAAGCCAUUCCAAUCACACUUUUUAUCAUUUCUGUCAUAUGCCACUUGAUGGCAAUCCGACUCAAAUCCAUAUUUGGACUAGCAAGUUUUAUCGGCAUGAUUGUGGUAUCAUUUGUGUUUUUCAGAGAUGAAAAACUCUAUAUAAAUAUAUACGGACUGAUAUGCUUUGUUGGUCGACACGCAUGUCCACCUAUUAUAGACCUUUAUUUCUCAGAUCUGACAACACUGGAUAGAUGGCAGAAAUUUUUCAAUUAUUCCAGAUUACUAAGACAUCUUUGUGUGUUUUUUACAUUUAUAGUCAAUGUUACACUAGCAGUGUUUAUUGGUAAACAGAUAACUUCACACAAGGAGUGGUUUGUAGUUGUACCGAUAUUUGCCGUUUUCUCAUUGAUUUGGUUAUGUUUCCACAUUAUUUAUGUUAUAUCCUGUUGGAAACUGAUGAGUAAGGUCACCGAGUGCAACAGCGUGUACAAAAGUAUGUCUGACGAACGAAGGAGUCUCAACAGGAUAAUGUCCUCCAAGGGUGUACGUCACUUCAGCCUGGUAUCUGUCCGUCUUAUUUGUGUAACCUUGGUUACAACGCUGGUGUUGUUUGGCCUGGGAUGGACAACUCGGACUGGAUACAGCCAGGCGCUUCUCUUUGUAGUCCUUCCAUUGGAGUGUAUGACUUUGAGUCUCUUCAGAGAACUUGGCGAUUCUCUUGGAGGAACAGCCAUUGGAUAUGCAAUUAUCAGUCCCGUAUCUGGUCAAAGACCAGGAGCUGGGGUUAAGCUGUAUGCUCCAAGCAGUGUUCAGGACAUGGGAUCUUAUGCUAUGGCGACCCUGAACAAAAUCUGUCAGUUCUUUGAUUUCCACAUGAUCAACAACUUUGGAACCGACUUUUCUAGCAGUGGGAUGAGUCAGGAGUUUCUACAGUCCAAAGUGAAGGCAUUCUUUGGUCGAUGCUGUAUGGGAGAGAAUGGACCUCGUUAUGAUACCUAUCUAUUGUAUUACAGCGGCGAUGUCUACGACACCGGGGAUUGGGCCUUGGCAGAUAACAAGAAUCUUAAACUGGACACUCUUCUUGAAUGGUGGUCAGAGAAAAAUCUGGACUCUGGGGCACGUCUGAUUCUUGUACUGGAUUCCCUACACUCGUACCACUGGGCAAAGGAAGUACGGUACAUUCGUGAUGACUUUGUCGCUAUCCAAACAUGUCGUUACAAAUUCCGUCAGGAGGACUUAGAACAAGGAGAGAAACCACCAGCUGGAUCAUUCUCUCAGGACUGGGUACAUUACAACAUGGAUGCCGCCAUUGAGCAAGACUGGUUGGACAAAGAACGAACAACACGUGCCAUAUAUGGUGUUUCAAAACGCUGGACAGAUUUCACAUUCCACAUGCCAACAGAAAGAGACAUCGCUGAUCACUGUGAUUCUAGCUUUCCCAAACUAGUGAAGCCUCUAGUACAAGUAGUCAAUUAUCGUGGAGUUCCCUGUCAUGGGGUGUCGCUGUGUUUUUGUUGUGAUGUUGUUAUACGGUGCAUGAAACGCAAGCGGAUGAGGUGGCUCCCCCCUAAAGAGGUGGAUACUAAGCAUGGCUUCAAACUAGUCCAAUCAUAAUAUGUAAAAGAUGGUGACUACUUUAAGUUUACAUAAAAUGUCCUUCCAGAAUAUUCGUAUAUAGAAAUUGAAAUUUCCACAUGCUGUAGUAAGUGUUUUAUAUAGAGAUAUGUGAGAGUUACUCUAUAUAAUUGGGACUAGUUCAGGAAUUUGUUUAGAGACUAUCAACAUUAUGCAAACAGAAGCAUUAUUCUAAACUCAAAACUGAUAAAAUAAAGGCGAAAAUGGAUAAAAUUAUUGAAUCGCACAGUCUCUUGAAAAAAAUCUGUUUACAUUUCCAGUUUAACUGAAGUCUCUGGCUUAGAUUUUUGUUUCCCUUCUGUGCUUAUUUAUAUCAAAUUUGUUUAUGUCUUUUAUUAUUUUUCUUGUGUAAUAUAAAGGUUGAAAUAUAUCAUCAUGUGUAAUUCCAAAGUUCUUUAUAAUAUGGUUGUUUCAUUCAUUCUUGAAGAUAUAAAGCACAAUUAAAGAAAGUGUAAAUACUGUUGUUCUUGCUCAAGAUCAAAUUCAUUUAUUUAUUUAUUCUAAUAAAUAUUUAUUGUGGGCGUUAAACCAAUCCAUGUAUACUCUUUCUCUGUAAUGUUUGUAAAGACGUGAUUUUGUAAACAAAAGUAGAUAAUUGUGAGGCUUCAGAAGUCAUGCAAAAAAAAAAAAAAUCACUAAAUCUGUGCCUUGGAUAUGCAUUGUAUAACACCCAGCUCCGACUGUAUUUUUAUUAGAGAUUUCCCAACAUCAUUUAAGUUUGCCAACUUUUAUUCGCUGUUCAAGUUUCUUUCAGUAUCUGUCCUAAUCAAAGUUAUCACAGAACAAUAUCACCAAUAUGUCAGAAUCAGGUUCCUAUUAACCUCUGAACUGAUGUUGAAUUGUAUUUAUUGCCAAUAUGAAUGUAGUGUGGGUGACAUAUAUGAAGAAAAUGAAUAUCAUAAUCAUAUUGACAAAAAAUCUGACAACUGUUCAAUAUUUUCAUUUCAGAGAUUAUUUUGAAAUAUGUUUAUGUCUAUUUCAUCAAAUUGUAAAGAUGUUUUCUUAUUUGUUAAAUUUUGUUUAUUUUCUAGUAGAGCUUAUUGAAAAUCAAAGUCAUCUAAGUGAUUUAUGUAAAGCUGUAAGGAGUGGUAUCUGAGGUGAAGUGUAAAGCAUUAAUGAUUGUCAUGUGAUCUAAGAUGUAUUCAUACAAUCACAAGCUGCAACUCAAAAUUGUAAAUUGUAAUGUACAUGUAUAAUUAAAUUUAAAUUACCAGUACAUGCUUAUCUUUGGUAUGACUACCUAUGACAGCGGGAUACAAAGGAAUGGUAAAAAUUCUGUUUUAAUUUAAACCUCAGGUUACAUAUUCACCCUGUUCCGUUUAUCACUUAUUUGUUUUUGGCUAGUCAUCUUUAAUAAAAAGGUACAGACCAUGAACAUGCUGUACACAUAUGCAUGUAUUUGAACAUCUAAAAUUCUUCAUAAGAAUAUGUAAGCAUUUUUUAUAAUUUUAUUUAUUCUUUAAUAGAUCAAUGCUUAAAACUCAUUAUAACGUAUGCACUGAUUAAUUAGUAUUUCUUACCUGUUCAUGAUCAAAUUUAUUUGUGAUAUUUACAAGGUAGUUCACAUUUAUUUAAUUCCUGAUGAUAUUUACAGGGUACAUUUGUAGCUUUUGUUUUUGAUGUAUUGAAGCUUUCACCUAAUUUUUACUGUGAUACCGCUGUGUUACCUAUCUACUAUUAUUACUUUCAUGUUGUCCAUUCUACCAAAUUGAGAAGUUUUCCAUUUCUUUAAGAGUUUCAAGGUUUUUUUUUGUACUUUCAUAAUUUUACAGUAUGGCCAAGUACAAAUGUCACAGACUUAUCGAGAUUCUGAAAUGUGACAUCAGGUCAUGUAACUAGGUCCCAUGUAUAGAUUUAUAUUUUAGCCAUCUCUGACCAUCCCAGGCCCCAGUUUUUUUAUCAAUUGCUUAAAAUGAAGAUAACAAUUCAUACUUUGUUUUCCAUAGGAAAGCAUUGAUGUUAAGGUACAGAUCUUAGGGAAUUUCCUUAAGUUAAAAAAUGUUGAUGAAACAGGGUCCAGUUCUCAUACAUUGCAGUUCUGGAUAUUAGUUACUUCAAGUUAAGCAUGCAGAGGGUCUCAAAGAUCAUGUUGAUUGUCCAGAUCAUUACAACAUUCCAUAUCUGAUACUAUUGUAUAUCAUCAUGAAAAUCAAGUAUUUAUUCCUUCAAUUAUUAAGAUGGUUUAAGGCCAUCCUGUACAUUACUUCUCUGUGACAGAUCAUGUAUAUCAUUUAACAGAUGAAGAUAGCAGUGUGAUUGCCAUACAGGUCCAUGGCUUUUAAUUCCUUUAUUUCUUGUCAUUUGUACAGCUAAUGAUACCGUUAACAAUAUGUACCCACAUUUUAUAGACGUUUUACUUAUACAGCAUCAUUAAAUCAUUAAAUCACAAAGAAAUACUUCUUAUCAGUAUUAUUUGUUCAUGGAAUAUAAUUCCUCCUUAUAAGUUUAUGUUGGAUGUUGUACUGUAUAUAUAUAUAUAUAUGAUGUAUCGUUUAAUAUGGCACUAGACCUAAACAAUCAAUGUUCGUAUGCUGUGUAUUUACUAUAUCUUUACAUGUGUUUGUACAUGCAUUUAGAGGCCUUAUGGUACAACUUACAGUUUAAAGCUUUGCUUAUCAUAAGUCUUGUGAGAUGUUUAACGUUUAAUGAUGCAUUUGUUAUGUUAACAUUUUGUACUGUAUUCUGAACUUAAAUGUUAGUUAUAAAAUUGUAUACAUUUUCUUGUCAACCAGUUCCAGUUCCUGUUAAUGUCAGCAAAGACACAUAUUUAUUUUUGUUCAUUUUUUGUGUAGUUGCAAUCAAUGUAUUUGACAAAUGACACUUUGAAAACUUAAAAAAAAAAAAAAGGACAUUUCCUU